UCCAUCCAGGACUGUGUGCCGUCUCAUCAGCUGCUGUACGUCGCUACUUUGUUGUUAAUGAGCUGAAGACCAGGACCGAAGCACAGCGUCACUGCAGAGAGAACUACAUGGACCUGGCCACCAUACGAGACCCGGAGGACCUGGAGACCCUGAAGACCCUGAAGGCAACGUUCCACUCAGUGAGUUUCAUGCUCGAGCCUGGAUCGGACUGUACUUUUACUCUGACAACUAGAAGUGGUCACUGUCAAACACAAGUCUCUACAAAACCGGGGAGACGGAGUUCAGGCAAUGGAGCUCUCGACAACCGAACAACUACAACUAUGGACAACACUGCGUGGAGAUGGGUGCCAAUAGUUUUUGGUAUGACUACAAUUGUGAGGUGGCCCUUAGGUCAGCCUGCUUCGAUGUCAGAGGGCCAAACACAUAUGUCCUCACUACCACCUCGAUGAAUUGGACUGAAGCCCAGAGCUACUGCAGAAAACACCACACAGACCUGGCCAGUGUGAGGAACAUGGAGGAGAACCAGGUGGUUCAGAAUCUGAAUCCCUCGAAUACGUACAUCUGGAUCGGCCUUUUCAGAGAUCCAUGGAAUUGGUCUGAUGGAAGUGAGUCCUUAUUUAGGAACUGGAAUCAUCAGGAGCCUCGUAUACCUGAUGGCUCCUCUAAGAAAUGUGUGGCAGCAGACUUCAGUGCCGAUGGACAAUGGGAGAUCCUGGACUGUAACGUCAAGUCAGCGUUCAUCUGCUAUGAUGACUUUGUUCCUGUUUCAAAGCGAGUGGUGAAAGUGAGGCUGGAGAGAAGCAGCUCCUCUCUGGAUCUGAAUGACCCUGUGGUGAUGGAGGACCUCUUGAAGCAGCUCAAACAGAGAAUGAAGGACCAAGGGCUGAACGAGGACAUCAAACUGAGCUGGAAGAAGCAGUCGGAUGGAAAAGUCUUUCACAAGGAAGAGAAGAAGACCAUGAAGAAGAGAAGAGAUGAGCUUUAAUGUUCUUUCAAUCCACUCUGGUCAGAGGAUUCCUUUCUCCUCCUCUUCCUCCUUUUCUUCUUCCUCUCAAUCAAUGGUAGAAAGAAUCAAAAGUACCAAAGUACAGACCAUUUUCUAUAAAGUACCCUGUUUCCAUCUGAUAGUCCUUUAGACUAUUACUGUACAACAUCGAUCUGUCAGCUUCAGUGUCUACAUUCUUAUAAAAAGGGUUCUAACCAGAUUCUUCCUGAAGGGCUGAUGUUCUACCCAGAACUAUUUGCUUCUGAAGAACGCUUUCUUGCUUUAGGGAUUUCUAAAAGCUAGAACUCUUCUUAAUGAACCUCAUCAGGAACGCAUCGUGAGUUCCAGAUAGAAUGGUUGGUUUCUUUCAGAGCUUUUGUAAGUACAUUAGUUUGUCAGAGUGUAGUUCCUUUGCACAGUAAGAUGUUAAAUAUAAAAUAUGUGAUGAGCUUAUAGAAUAUGAAGCAAAUUUGUUUUGUAGCAUCUCAACGUGCUGCAGCUUUAAAAUGCUACUUACAUGUUCAUGAGUAAUACUUUUGAUGAUGAAGAACCUUCGUCUGUAGUGUGUACAUCCAUAACUCAGAAUGUAUCGCUGUUGAGGGUAAAAGUGUGUUUAUUCAUGGUGACGAUGCUUCUUUUGCUUCAAUAAAACAUUUGACUCAG